CUCUCUCUCCACCUGGGUUUGUUCUGGAAAUCAUCGGCAUCCACCACCGAUUUGAGUAAAAUAAACGGACCACAUCGACGUUAAUCGGAGGAUUUCUUUCCCUGACUUCAGCCCAACAGCUGCGGAUAAAAGCUUCAUUUAUAAUCAUCUAUAUUCAAUAUCUUAUCGAGCCCUGUCUGUUUUUUCUCCGGUCAAGUGAUGUCUGUCGCGGGGUUCAAGAAGCAGUUCCAUAAAGCCACUCAGAAAGUCAGUGAGAAGGUUGGAGGAGCAGAAGGAACCAAGCUAGACGAUGACUUUAAGGAAAUGGAAAAGAAGGUGGACGUCACCAGCAGAGCGGUGUUGGACAUCAUGACCAAAACCACAGAGUACCUUCAACCUAACCCAGCGUCCAGAGCCAAGCUGAGUAUGAUCAACACCAUGUCCAAGAUCCGCGGGCAGGACAAGGGGCCUGGGUACCCGCAGGCCGAGAGCGUCCUGGGAGACGCCAUGUUGCGGUUCGGACGGGAGCUCGGGGACGAGUCCAGCUUCGGCCUGGCACUGAUUGAUGCCAGCGAAGCGAUGAAGGAGCUCGGCGAGGUGAAGGACGCUCUGGACAUGGAGGUCAAACAGAACUUCAUCGACCCGCUGCAGAACCUCCACGACAAAGACCUAAAGGAGAUACAGCACCACCUGAAGAAGAUGGAGGGCCGCCGCCUGGACUUCGACUACAAGAAGAAGCGGCAGGGAAAAGUCCAGGAUGACGAAAUCAAGCAGGCGCUGGAGAAGUUCGACGAGAGCAAAGAGGUGGCCGAGCAGAGCAUGUUCAACCUGCUGGAGAGCGACAUCGAGCAGGUGAGCCAGCUGGCAGCGUUGGUUCAAGCUCAGUUGGAAUACCACAGCCGCUCUGCUGAGAUCCUCCAACAGCUCUCCAGCAAGAUGGAGGACAGGAUAAAAGAAGUGUCCGCUAAGCCCAGGAAGGAGUACGCCCCCAAACCCAGAAUGACCCUGGAGCUGCUGCCGCCCAGCGAGAGCCACAACGGGGGCAUCCACUCUGCCAAAUCGCCCGGAAGAUCACCAGCCCCCCUGGACCAGCCCUGUUGCCGAGCGCUCUACGACUUUGAACCGGAGAACGAAGGCGAGCUGGGCUUCAAGGAGGGCGACGUCAUCACCCUGACCAAUCAGAUCGAUGACAACUGGUACGAGGGCAUGAUCAACGGCCAGUCGGGCUUCUUCCCCAUCAACUACGUGGAUAUCCUGGUGCCGCUUCCUCGUUAGGGCGACGACGCCCCCCCCCACCCCCACCGAACCCGAUCUAGUACCCCCGGAAAAAAAACUGCAAAACUAUUCCCUCCUUCCACUCCUUCUUCUUCUGUACUUCUUGCUUCCACCUGAUGAAGGACACGAGGGUGGCGUGAGAUGGGGGGCGGUGGGACGGGGAUUACAGGAGAAGAAGAAGGAAAGGGGGGGGUGAGGAGUGGCAGAGGGCAACAAGGCUGACCUGCCCUCCUGUGUGCUUUACCGCUCUCUCAGCAGGGGAUUUGAACCCCCCCCCCCCCCCAUCCAGCGGUGCGUCACCCGCCCAGCUGCUGCUGUUCUACUGUACCUCCUGUAAAAUGCUCCCUCUCUCUCUGCGUCUGAGUCUCAGCGGCUGUGUUUUUUAACGGCGCAGCAUCAGCACAUUACCUUUGGAUUAAAAGUCGCACCUGCCAUACGUCGAUUUUUACAGAAUGAAGAAGGAACGUACACCUUUUUGUCUUAUGAAUGGGGACGUUUUUGAUGUUCGAGGGUCGGGAAACUUCUCCCAACUCGUCGAUAAACAUUAAAAGUUAAAACUGUGUUUGGCCAGGAAGCAGCGAUAUGCUAAAACCACCAGCAGGCGGCAGUCGAACGGAACCAAGAGGGUCUGUGUACUAUUCUGACUUAACCAUGCACAGUGUUUUGUGUCUGCUGUGUGGGUUAGAUCCUCGUUACCUCGUCUUAUAUGUGGCUUCUUUUGAUUGUGCGACUGUGUGAAAGGUUUCAGGCGUUCUGAAAUUCCUGCUUUGCGUCCUCGGCCUUCGAUGACACUCGUGAAGGCUGAGUGCCGGGAGGUAUUUGUCUGACUUGUCUUGAAAUAAUCCAGAUUGAUAUAAAGCCCUGCGGGUGAUAUGUGGUUUGGAUUUCGGGAGGUGACCUUUAUCCCACUAAACAUUCCAGAAGGCGUAGGAGUCUACGGGAUUCCGGCCACAGUUCUGGAUCCCUCAUAAAGGUUCUUGCGCGACAUUCUGGAAAGAGAGCCGUAACUACCGUGACGCGUAACCGUGGUAACCCAUCGGAGCUCAAUGUAUUUCUCAUACCAGGGUGACGUCUCAUACGUAAACUCACGUUAAAGCGCUACAGAGCUAUCCGCUCUUUUGUUAGCUAUUAGCGUUAGCGUCCCCACCGCACUGCAUUGUGGGACAUUGGUACUGAGGCAGCCGUCCAGUGUUUUUUAUUAGUAUUGGAGGAAACUGUUAGCCGCGUUAGCUCCCCGCGGUAGCCGAGCUGGCAUUCGCUGCGCAUUCGUUUCAUUCAUUUGUUUGGGAAACAUUGGCUCCCAAAACUAUUGUAUUAUGCAUUAUUAUUGUCACAUUUUCUGCCUUUUCUUUACUGCUAACGAGUCAUUGUGAAAUGUGAGGGUGGUUAUGUGAGAUAUGACGUUUACAUGACAACAGCGGGCGUGAUCACGUCAGUAAGCAACGGCUUUACCGCCGUGAACUGGACCAAACUUUUUUGCUUCAACCAAAAUCAAGCUAAUAUCACAAAUGUGUACUUAAGUGGACGAAUUUUAGACAAAAGAAUAUUUGUCAAACUUCUUUUCCACUUCCCUGAUUCACACUCAGGAUGUUUUCCCCAGAAUCCGCCGCUGCAUGAUGGAGAAAGUGACAAAGCUCAUGAGUAGCGUGUCUCAAUCAUUUUUAACGAGAAGCUAUGAGGUUUUUAAAGUAUAUUCAGAAAUUAUACAGUACCAUUUUGGUGAUUAAAAAAUGUACUUCUACUUCAUUUUUAUGUAUUCUGAGUAUUCUGCGGCAACAAGUCGACACAGUCCAUUAGCAGCUAUAAAUGGAUCACGUAGUGGACAAUAAUAAGUAAUAAUUCCCCAGGUUUCCAGCGUGUUUUUUCUUCCAUUUGUCAUCGAUGAUGACAAAGUUUAAGUCCAAUUAAAAUACUUAACGGUGCUUUCAUAACACAUAAUAAUAAAAACAAAAAUAAUGUAUUGUUUUUUUUCUACCAGAGAUUUGGAAUGAUCCCCCACAGUCAAUAACCUUU